AUGCUUGGGGUUGGGAAUGAAGGAAUGUCUACACUACCGGGAUUGAAUCAAAUACAAUUUGAAGGGUUUUGUAGAUUCAUUGAUCGGGGUUUAACAGAAGAACUUUUGAAGUUUCCAAAAAUUGAAGAUACAGAUCAAGAAAUUGAAUUUCAGUUAUUUGCGGAAACAUAUCAGUUGGUAGAACCCUCAAUAAAAGAAAAAGAUGAUGUAUAUGAAUCACUUACAUAUUCCUCUGAAUUAUAUAUAUAUAUAUAUAUAUAUAUAUCCGCGGGAGUAAUUUGGAAAAAAAGUCAGGAUAUCCAAGAACAAAUUAUUUUUAUUGGAAACAUUCCUCUAAUGAAUUCCCCGGGAACUUUUAUAGUAAAUGGAAUAUACAGAAUUGUAAUCAAUCAAAUAUUGCAAAGCCCCGAUAUCUAUUAUCGGUCAGAAUUGGACCAUAACGGAAUUUCAGUCUAUACUGGCACAAUAAUAUCAGAUUGGGGAGGAAGAUUAGAGUUAGAAAUUGAUAGAAAAGCAAGGAUAUGGGCUCGUGUAAGUAGGAAACAGAAAAUAUCUAUUCUAGUUCUAUCAUCAGCUAUGGGUUCGAAUUUAAGUGAAACUCUUGAGAACGUUUGUUACCCCGAAAUUUUCUUGUCUUUCCUCAAUGAAAAGGAGGGGAAAAAAUAA